AAAAGUAGGGAACAAAGAUAUAAAGAAAGGAGAUCAAGACACGCUGGAUUAAUGUGGAGUUCACCGGAUCAGUAGAACAUCUGUAGAGUGAGGAGCAACCUGACCAUGACAGGCCUUCCAAAGCCUGGGACUGGAGUUGCAGACAUGUGCUAAGAAGGAGACCAACACCUGGAGGCUGGAGAGUUAGGGAGGGCCACCGCCCUAUACACCACUGCCUUCAGGACUCAUGCUGGAUCCACGGUCUCACACAUGAGAAGCCUGGAUAGGUCAAGGCUAUCCGGGGUUACUUCCACUUUGGAAGACUGGCUUGAUGGGCGUGGGGAUGUCCAGGUGUCCAUGGAAGGCCUCAACAAAGGUUUAGCAGCGGUAUUCCUGUCCACAUUGAGCCCCAACAAUUUAUCAGCUUCGCUCUUCAAAAUGGAGUCUGUCCUAAAAAGUGCCAGCCAGGGCUGCGAGGAGAUUUUCGCGCGCUGCUCCACUCUCCUGGAAGGAAAGCGAAACCCUCGCCCCGAAGGUGCCACGCGUGUCGUUUUGGAGCUGACUCGAGCACUCGCGUGCCUGUUAGCUCACCCUCACAAUCCCAAAGGUCUGACUCUUUACCUCAAGGCUUUCAGAGAAAAUAAAUCGGAGACGGUGAGACAGGUGACGAGCCGACAGGCUCAACACUUGCCCAAAUUACUGACAGCGUUCUCUGAGCAAAUUUCACACAAACACAUGUCGUUGACUCCAGAGUUGAAGACUGGAAAUGGUAUAAAGGAGGUUGUAAGUUUCGACCCAGCGGACACCUCAGACUUCCUGGAGUUUUUGACGAAAGUUUUACCCGGGGACUCAAGAGUGCAGGAGCUGAAAGCGGCCCAGUUCUUCUCGACGGGCAGGUUUGAAGAGAGCGCAGACGUUUUUUCGUCCGUCCUUAAUGGUCCGCCACAGCCGAGUAGAUUCCAGCCAGGCGCAGCAGCUGAGGGCAAGGCAGGCCAGGGUGUGCCGCCAGAGAGACGAGCCAGCCUCUUAACCAGCCGGGCGGCCGCCCUCUUCUCAGCAGGGGGGCGUGCUGCAGAGGUGUGCAGGGACCUGGGAGAGGCCUUCGAGGUGCACCCGGCCACAGCCAGGAUGGUCUUUCAGAGACUGUUUGUCAACCAGGGCACAGGAGAAGCUGUCCGCGUCCAGCUCCGCCAGCAGGCAGAAAGAGGCCUGUCUGGCUACAGGGAAAACGUCAUGGCCCGGCCCGACCUGCGAUCCACAGAGGGCGUGGAGUUGCUGGACCCGGUCGUAGCCCAGCUGCGGGCGCUGUGCCACUUGGAGUCCGACGGGGGCGCUAGAGAGCUGAGGGUGCGCCUGGCCGACUGCCUGCUGCUACGAGGCGAACACAAAGAAGCUCUCUCCAUCUGUAGCCAGCUGGCCUCCGCAGCACCGAGCCAGCAGAGCUACCAGAACACGGUCCAGGUACUGCGAGGCUAUGCCCGUCUUCUCUCCGACGACCACCGGGGGGCGUUGGAAGACUUCCAGGCUGUGAUCGAGCACAACGCGCCCCACCCGUCCAGCUGCGUGCGGGCUCUGUGCGGCCGGGGUCUCCUGAGGAUGACGGGCGGCCUGCACUACCUCACGGCGCUGGAUUACGCCACGGCGAGCCGUCUGCAGCCCCAGGACACGGCGUUGACGGUGCGUUGUCUGGUCCCUUGGAACCGCCGAGGGCUGCUGUGCACGCUGCUGCUGGAGCAGGGGAGGGCCAUGCUGGAGGGGCACGGAGACCCCAGCGCCGCUGCCACUCAGCCCCAGGACGAGCAGCAGGGGGGAGACACACCGACCCCUCAUAGGAAGGACUGCCACAGGGAGGGGAAGACUCCCGAAGGUGUUCACUCUCUGGCCCAGCUGCUGAUGGAGCUGCAGCCGGGCUCCGCCGAGCCUCAGAUCCUGGCUGCAGACGCCCUGUACCGGCUGGGCCGGGCGGAGGAGGCCCACCGCCUCCUGCUGGCCCUCGGUCCCUCCUCCCCGCGGGCCUCAGUCCUGGCCCGCCUGGCCCUGCUCCAACUGCACCGCGGCUUCCUCUACGACGCCAACCAGCUGCUGAAGAAGCUCACUCAGUGUGGUGACACGAGCUGCCUGCGCCCCCUGCUGGUUCUGGCCACCCUGGAGGACCGUGUUCUCCUCCAAAACCACUGCCACUCCGCCUCCAAACGCAUCCUGGACGGCCAGCGCGACGACCGCGCCCUCAGGGAGGCUGUGGCCUACCUGUCCAUCGCCAUCAUGGCCUCAGGUGGCGAGGCAGCAGAUUCACUGCUGGAGAGGGCCAGGUGUUAUGCCUUGUUGGGCCAACGUAAGACGGCCAUCUUUGAUUUCAGUGCCAUUCUCAGGGAGCACCCCGACCAUGUGCACGCGCUCUGUGGUAGAGCCUUCACCUACCUCACACUCAACCAGCAGAAGGAGUGCACUCGGGAUGUACUGACUGCUCUGCAGAUAAGCAUUGACACGGUCACUAGAGACAUCCUGUCACUUAAGGACAAGGCAAGAAAGCUCGUCUGCGAUUGGCUGCAGCAGUACUGCCGAACCAAUCUAAUGGAGAUCCUGGCCGUGAGGGCGGUCCCCUGCCAGGAAGAACAGCUCAGGGAGGCGUUUUUGAUUGGAGGAGCCCUGAUGAAGACUGACUGCAGAGACCCCAGAUGGCACCUACUCUAUGUGGACAUACUCCUCGCCAAAGGUGAGGUGAAGGCUGCCGGGGCCCACCUGAGCCAGGUGUUUGGUCGGGAGCCCAGGGAGGCUGCGGCCCAGGCCAGGGUGGGCGUGGUGGAGGCCUGGCAGCAGAACCACCGGCUGGCCGCCCUUGGCCUCAGCACGCUGGCCCAGAGGGACACCUCCUCUCUAGACUUCCUCCUCGCCCUGGUCCCUCCCUCCCACAAGAAACGGAUGGCUCAGGCGGCCGCCCAGGAAGCCAGCAGUGUGUCAUCUCACGGCCAAUGGGACAAGGCCCUGUCUCUCCUCACGGUGGCCGUCCGGGCCAUGGGCGAGUCCAGACUACAGUACCUCCGCCAGCGGGCCGCCUGCCUCGCCCAGCUGGGCCUCCACGAGCGGGCCGUGGCCGACCUGGACCGGGUCAUCCAGACCCACGCGGGGCCCAGGGCGGAGGAGCCCCAGCUGUGGGCGGAGGACCUCUGUCGGCGAGGCCGCAGCCUGGUGUUGAGCUCCCGAGAGGGGCCCGGCCUGGAGGACUUCACCCGGGCCCUGGAGCUGCACCGGGACCAGGCCCUGCGGUGUGUGGAGGCCGGGCUGGGGAGGGCCUGCCUGGCCGAGUGCUUCCUCAGGGGGGCGCUGCAGAGCUACGGGGAACAGCAGCUGGCCAGAGCCUGGGGCCUGCUGGAGAGCGGCCUGCUGGUGGACGGCGAGCAUGCGGAGCUACGCAGGCUCAGGGGGAAGGUCAAACGAGAGGUAUCCAGCCCUUGCUUGGUUCACUAGGGACGGACGGGUCGCUGUACCGAUGAACACCCUGCUGUAUGAUGCUGUGAUGAUGAUGAUGAUGAUGCUGUGAUGAUGAUGAUGAUGAUGAUGAUGAUGGAAUACUACUGGAUUCAUGAUGUAUUCACUUAGCAGGAUGCUUUCAUCCAAAGCAACGUACAAAGGGGGGCAUUCGAACCUUGGACCUCUAGAUAGGUAAAUGCUCUACCAUUGAGCUAUGGCUGCUACCCUUUCUCCCAUUCGCUCAUUGCAGGACAGUUACAUGAGGUAAUUCUACACUCACAGGUAGUGUGUGCCACUGGUCCACAAGUGCCUCUUCCUGGAGAUGAGAAGAUGAGUGAUGCUCAGAGGACAGGAGGGUGAAUAGUAAUGAGGACAGUACUGGCUGUCCUGGUACUGCACAUUCUGGGACGUCUUUACACUUCCUGCUUUAGGUAACAGUCACAAGUCUCUUCUCUCUCGAAUCAAAGGAUUCGACUCUGUUCUAAGGGGCUUUUUAAAUAAUGGUGACAUACAGGGUCUUCCGAUUUAGACAAAAUUAUUGUUACGUAGUAUUUCAGUCUAACUCUGCAAUAAUGUAUGUGCUGUUAUUGUUAGGGUGUGUAAUGAGUCUAGUAUUUCACAAGUACCCUACAUUCCAGUUUAUUUGAUCAAUCAUUGCGUAAUAAACCAUAUCAAAUCGGCAGCAAUUAUUAUUCAGGUGUUCAAGUGAUGGGAAGUGAUCAGUCAUCUGUGAUCUGUAAUAUUUUUCUUAGCACAACUCACUAUUAUUAUACUUCACUGGUAUAGCAUGUGGACGUUAUUUGAUCAAUCAAUACAUUUUAUGCGACUCAAAGAUUAAAUAAAUAUAUAUAUAUAUUUAAAGUGCCCGUGUGCAGGUUUGUCAUUAUGUGAAAUGAGAAGGGACACUUUUAUUUCUCACUUUCUCUACUCAUAAUUUCAGUCAUGACUGGAACAUAAACUUGAAAUAAUAAACAAUAACUAGGUGAGUUAUAAAA